CCAUGGUUCCAUGUCCUAACUAGAUUGUAGAUAUCUAGAUCUAGUAACUGAAACUUCUAGAUCUAUCAUCAUAUAGCAAGAUCUAUAUAGAUCUAGUCUAGAUACUCUGACUCUAUAGUAGGUUGUAGAUCUAGAAUCCAUGGUAAUCAAUGGAUUGUUCGGCAACAGAAAUGGAUUGUUCGGCAACAGUUGCAAAUAAAAUCAUUGAUGACCAGUCCUUAGCUGAAGAUGAAUUGUUGUCUGAGCUAGAAAAAGAAGAAAUUCCUGCUCAUAUUAGAGAAGCCAGAUUAGAAAUCUUCAAACAGCAAUCACUACAAUUUCAACAGCUCAGAGACUUAUCUUUUGGGCAGUACACGUUAAUACCUGAUGAAAAAAGUUUUUUAGAUCUAACAACAUCACCAAUAGUUGAGAAUUGUGUCAUACAUUUCUUUCAUCCAGACUUUCGAAGAUGUGCUAUAGUGGACUCUCAUAUGGAGAAACUGAGUAAAAAGUAUUUUAAAACCAAGUUUGCUAAGUUAAAUGUUGAAAAAUCAAACUUUUUAGUCACCAAACUGAAAAUUCAAAUGUUGCCAGCAAUUCUGUGUUUCAAGUCAAGUAUUGUUGUUGACAGAAUUAUUGGCUUUGAAGAACUUGGAAACACAGAUGAUUUCCCAUCAGUAGUGUUGGAGAAAAGAUUAGCUAAGUCAGGGGUCAUUCAAUUAUCAGAAGAAUAUGAUCCUUCCAAAAAAACAAUCUUUGGUGGGAAAAAGUCCUUUGUGAGGAACAAGCAAGAUGAUAGCAGUGAUGAAGAUUAUUAAUUUAUAGUUGUUUUUUUAGCUAAAUUAAGUAAAAAAAGUUGAUAAAUGCUUAUCAAAAUUCAACAUCAUUAUAAUACAAUCUAGACAAACCAUUGUGCUAUUUACAUUUUCCUGUCACUAGUCCAACUACUUGACAAAUUUAAAACAAAAUAAAAUGACAUUAUCAUUUCCUAUCACAUGUUGGCAAAGAUUUUUCUAUGACUCUUCUCUGAAAACAUCCAUUUAAAAAAAGAUUUCUUCAGUUUCAUUUUAUUUCAAUAGCAACUGUAAAUGCAUGUUCUUUUUACUCCCAAACUGAUUGUUGCAUUUUUAGGAAACAUGACAGUGUCUAGCUGUUUAAAAUAUUACAACUGUCAAUAAUUCUGGUGUGUGAAUAAAAUACAAUGAACACAUUCA